AUGGAUCCAAACAACCCAAAUUUCCGCCAACAAUUUUCUGGUUUUAGUGAUGAUUUGCUAACUAAUCCCGAGUUUCAAUUGUUCUUGCAAAGAAUGGGCAAUACGUCUUUGCAACCAUCUCCACAGUAUCAGACACCCACUCAGUUUCCCCUACGAAACCAUGUUAUUGAAGAAUGUACACCUGAAACUGUACAUGAUAGCAACACACAAUUCAAUGAGAGCGAAGAGGACAGCGUACCAGAGACGCCGCAAUAUCCUCCACCAGUUCCCGAACUGAAAUCCAACCAGGUUGUUGCACGAGCGACUCGAAUUUGGUCAGUUGCGGAAGAUGAAACUCUGAUUGGGUUGUACUUGGAGAUCAGUGAGAAUGCUAUUAAAGGCACGAGCCAGAAAGCAACUUCCCUUUGGCGCGAUGUACACGCAGCAUAUCAACUUGCUCAUGCGGAGAAGCCGCAUAUACUUCCACCAAGACCUAUGAAGAGUCUGACGUCGCACUGGAGAAGGUUGGCAGCAGACACACUACAGUGGAUAUCUUGCUAUGAUGAAGCAGGUAGACUUCCGGAGGGAGGGAGUGGUUACAACGAAGCUGACCGUAUAAAAAGUGCGUCGAAGCUUUUCCAUCUCGCCCAAGGUCGUAAUUUCGCUUUUCCUCACGCUGUUGAAAUGCUUAAUAGAGAUCCAAAGUGGAGGCCAAAGCUGAGAUGGUCCUUGUCAAAGGAGGAAAGAAAAGCUGUUCGUGAUGUUGAGGAGCAAGGUAGUGCUGGAAGUGGGAAGAGGUCCAGAGAUGAUGGAGGGGAUGAAACCCCUACGGAUGGUUUUUCAUCUGGAGGAAUACAACGACCCGAAGGUGUGAAGAAAGCAAAGGCCAAGCGUAAAGGGAAAGAAGUAGCUUCGGACAGUGGUUCGUCUGAGCUUAGCGAACGAAUGAAGGAAUUGGCAACAAUUCGCGAGAGGGAGGCCAUUCUGAAGGAAGAGCGGAUCAAAAUUGAAAGGGAGAAGGAACAGAGGAAAAGGGAGGAACUUGACAUUCAUAAGAUGAAAACCUGGUUUGAUAUGGUGCAAGCUAUGAAGAAUUCGCCUACUCCACUCACUCCUGAAGAAGAGUCGUACAAGAAUUUCUUACUGGGUAAAUUACAGGGCUUAUAA